CAGUAACAGACCCCUUUAACCACUGCCCAUUUUUAUAUGAAUACUGCCCACCCACCGCCCGACUUGGGUUUCUGCCUUCACACUCACACUCCUUCCUUUCCUCGCCUCUCACCCAAGGCCAGCUGCCAAUACAACACCCACCCACCCACACAACACCUCUUCCUCCUCCUCUAAUCCUCGACUCCAUUCCUCGCGCGAGACCAGCUCUGCCGCCUUCACCCUCUUGACAUCUUCUGCCCCCCACGCCCGCUGCCACAUUUGUCCACGAUUCCACACCACUGUGCCGCCUUCUAUCGAUUGCCACUUCUUCUGGACACGUCCUCGCACACCAUCACUGGCCGUCUCAGCUCCGUCUGACGCCACAAUCUCCGAAUAAUACACUUUCCCACUCACCCACUUAAAUAACCACCGUCUUUUCCCCAAAAUCCAAAAAUGAUCCUCCGGACGAACGACGCCAACAACAUGGGCCGCGGCGCUUACGACACAACUGGCACUCCCAAGCCUCCUCCACCUCCUCCCAAGAGGCGGUAGAGAUGCUCAGAUAGCUGUUCCUCGACGGUCCUCGGUAGCGAAUCCACUACGACUGGCAGUGGUUGUCACAUCGCGCGGCCGAUGUGAUGGCUAGCGCGCGUCUUCGCCUCCGUUGUUUACAGCUCUGUCUGGGAUUUCGAGGGAGGCCCAAAUGCCAAUCACUCCUCCCUCCCACCACGACCUUCCUUUUGUACAUCACACUCUUCUUUGUCCCACUCUGCCUCUUCCGGACCUCUGUUCUUCUCUCCCUCCUGGCGCAACGGUUCUGCAACACGUACCUUGGGAUUACCCCAAUUGUAAUACUCAGCGCCUCUUCGAUUCGACCGACACGCUUAAUACCCCCUUCGCUUUCGCCUCCAUACACACCACGAAUGCCCUCCCUGCAUCACUGUACAACUUACUGCGCCCGCUUGCGCAACCACUUUGCUUUCCUUCUCCGACAAAAGUUUCUUUUUUGGCGUUCAACUAGACAUGGUGGGGCUCGGGCAAUGGAUACCAAAAAUCGGUUUCUUUCUUUUUUUCUCUUGCGAUGGACCCGGACAUUUUGGUAGAACAUCCUCUGCUUGCCUUCAUUGGCAUACUCGGCAUUGGACCCUCUUUGUAUUACAUAGCUCGGCAGGCUGGGUUGGACGCGUCUUCGCGUGUUCAUGACCAGCAGACGAUUGAUUAUUGUUUUCCCUUUCUCUCUUUCUUUUCGUUUUAUUGCAUUUCGCCGAGCCGCUCGCCUCGUCCACGGAAAAGGCGCCCUUGCUGGGGAAUUAGACUGGAUGGGAUGGCAGCCUCGGUUCCUGCCUUGUGUCUCGCGACACAACCGGCCGACUUCAGAUAGACAUUAUAAUUGCAAUCCACCGAUUUUUCUCGCGACAUUCGAUCCGCUGCAGUGCCAUGGUCGCACAUAGGCGCCGCCGAUCUCCGCUGGGGGUUGCCGGCGGCCGCCCUUGAACCGUUGCUGGGUGCUGCUGUCUGGUGAUGUGUAGGCCGCCAGGCUGUAUGAAGACAGACGAGAAAGAAGAUGCCGACCCUUGCCCUUGCUUGUGCAACGCUCAGAUUGUUGCCAAUCGGUACCUUGAUAGUGGUCCGGUGGGUUGGGCCUUCCACGCUCGCGGCUCCAGGCAGGUCUUUGCCAAGCAUUCUUGGGACGAGUUCGACCCAGAGUGGAGCUGUUGCUUCCCCGCCCAUGUACCAGCAGCUGCUGCGGGCACUUGCAACUUGCAACCUCAUCGCAUCACAGCACUCCAACGCCCCCAUCACCACGCCUCGCCCGCCACUGCGACACCCCCCCUUUUGCUCUGCCUAGCUGCUACAUCGCCCGAUUCGAUCGCCUGCUCUUCGCCAUGGCUACCGUCAACUGGCGCACCAUCAACAUUGACGCCUUGGACCCCGACUCCCCCGCCAACUUCGACCUCAGCUCCCUCUCGCCCGCCGUCCAGCCCGUGUCCGCCGCCGAUGUACAGUCCCUUGCCGGUCAGAUACGUCAAUUGCUGAGAGGGGGAGACAGCGAGGGCGCGCUGCAAGGUGCCCUGGAGAAUCCGCCAUAUGGCGGGGACGAGAAGGCCAAGGAAGUCCAUCUAGCAACCGUCAUUGAAAUCCUCCAAUCCAUACGCCAGGCCGACAUGUCACCAAUAUUGAGCCGUAUAUACAGUGCGCCUGGUGGAUCAGAGGCUCUGGAUGUGCUGAUGAAAUACAUCUACAAGGGAAUGGCGCAGAGCAACACGAGCGCAGCGAGCACGUCGCGGAACCUCACCCCACAGGCCACGGGCUUCUCACAAAUCCAUUCCCGUGGUGGUGGGGAGGGUGGAGGCCAGGCCAUGAGCGUCUUGCUCAGUUGGCAUGAAAAGCUGGUAGAGAUCGCAGGCCCCGGAAGCAUCGUGCGAGUGAUGGCGGAUCGCCGUACUGUGUGA